GAUAAUCAAGAGUACGACAAUUCGCGGUGCAAAGCUUGGUACUCCGUCGCCUCAUCGCACUACACGCUGCGGCUUGGACUGAGGACGCCAUAUCGACGAGCUUGUGUUUACUCGUUACUUUCCGAACAAAUCAGAAUGGCCGACCAGGAGCCUGAACUUCUCGACUACGAGGAGGAUGAGGAUGCGGUGGAGGCAGGAGUAGGAGAGACAACCGAGGCUGCCCCAGCCAAAAAGGAUGUGAAGGGUACCUAUGUGUCCAUCCAUUCCUCAGGCUUCAGGGAUUUCUUGCUGAAGCCAGAGAUCCUAAGAUCCAUUGUAGACUGUGGCUUUGAGCAUCCUUCAGAAGUGCAGCAUGAGUGCAUCCCUCAAGCUGUGUUGGGCAUGGACAUCUUGGGCCAAGCUAAAUCGGGUAUGGGAAAGACUGCAGUGUUUGUGUUGGCAACACUUCAGCAGAUUGACCCUGUAGAUGGUCAGGUGUCAGUGCUGGUAAUGUGUCAUACACGAGAGUUGGCUUACCAGAUAGCCAAGGAGUAUGAGAGAUUCAGCAAGUACAUGCCCAACGCCAAGGUGGGGGUGUUCUUCGGAGGCCUGAAUGUUCAGAAGGACGAAGAGACCCUCAAGAACAACUGCCCCCACAUUGUUGUCGGUACUCCUGGCCGUGUUCUUGCUCUGGUGCGCAACAAGAAGCUCAAUCUCCGCCAUUUGAAACACUUUGUGUUGGAUGAAUGUGACAAGAUGCUGGAACAGCUUGAUAUGCGACGAGAUGUGCAAGAAAUCUUCCGUAAUACUCCACAUGAAAAGCAAGUGAUGAUGUUCAGCGCCACCUUGAGCAAGGAGAUCCGCCCCGUGUGCAAGAAGUUUAUGCAAGAUCCCAUGGAAGUAUAUGUUGAUGAUGAAGCCAAGUUGACUCUUCAUGGUCUGCAGCAGCACUACGUUAAAAUCAAGGAAAACGAGAAGAAUCGCAAAUUGUUUGAAUUACUUGAUGCUUUAGAGUUCAACCAGGUUGUCAUAUUUGUUAAGUCUGUCCAGAGAUGCAUGGCCUUGGCACAGCUGUUGGUUGAACAGAACUUCCCAGCCAUUGCUAUCCACCGUGCCAUGCAGCAGGAGGAGAGACUCAGCCGUUACCAGCAGUUCAAGGACUUCCAGAAGCGUAUUCUGGUGGCAACAAACUUGUUUGGUAGAGGAAUGGAUAUUGAGCGAGUGAACAUCGUAUUCAACUAUGAUAUGCCUGAAGACAGUGACACAUACCUUCAUAGAGUAGCAAGAGCUGGUCGAUUCGGAACCAAGGGUUUAGCUGUCACAUUUGUGAGUGAAGAGAGUGACGCAAAGAUUUUGAAUGAGGUUCAGGAGAGAUUCGAUGUAAACAUCACAGAGCUACCUGACGAGAUUGAGCUCAGCUCAUACAUUGAAGGUCGUUAAAAUGGGAGAGAGAAGGAGUACUUGUAGGGUCCAGAUGAGGCGCUGGUGUAGUGUGAAUGGUAUAAGAAAUGUUACUGUAAAUGAUUCCUGGUGUAUUUCAUGUUGAGAUUGAUAUUUUGAAUGAUCCUUUUAUUUUGUAGUAGUAUUAGUGAUACACACGUUUUGUUUCAAUCUGAAAACAGUUAUAACCAAAGCUUGCAUCUCAUUAAUGACUGCAUUAUGCAGUUUUUUUUUCAUUUAUUAUUAUUAUUAUUAUUAUUAUUAUUUAUUAUUAUUAUUAUUACUACUUGUUUUUUUAGUUAGGAACUAUAAAUGUUUGGAAACUUUGCAGUCAUGUAAAGUGUGACUGUAGUCAGAAUAUUUUUAAGUUUGUGAAUAACCCAUAUGUAGCAUUCAUCAUAUGAGCAUACUUUUGCUACCUUAGCAUUAAAAGUAGCAGAGUUUGAUUUUGCAAUGAAGUACAAGUGUUUAUGUAUAUCAUUUACUAAUUUUAAGAAAAAUAAAGACUACAAAAUUCGAA